AUGGAGAAUGAGACAAUCGAUUCGACCCAGGAUGCAAGUUUAUGGGCAGAUGGAUUCAAGGUUAUACUUAUAGACAUGUUGUACGAAGAUACCCUGAUGGGUAGCCUGAGGGGAGGGAGGAUCACGAACAGUGAUCAUGUAAGGCUUGCUGAAAGGUUGUCUGCAGUAGGGCCAAGAAAAUUUAAUUCUGAUCAAGUUAAAGGCAAACUAGCUCGUCUCAAACGCAGACAACGGGAAUUUACGGAUCUUAUGAAGCAAACUGGAUUGGGGUGGGACCCAGAAAGGAAAGCACCAGUAGCUAGUGAAGAACACUGGGCGAAUGCCCUUCGGGUUAGACCAUCAUGGAAGAAUUUCAAGACGAUGGGAUGCGCAAAGUAUGAACAACUUUGUGCAAUAUUUGGUUGUUCUGUGGCUACUGGUACAAUGCAUAGGGCUUCGACAGAUCCGGCCCCAGACAGUGACGAUGAGCGCUUGCUUGAUGAAGAGAUGGGGAAUCGUGGGACACCCCUCGCAGAUGAUCAUGCCGACCCCUCGAUGGAUCCCCAGGUUCAACCGAGACCAUUCUCUGCCUCCUACGCCAGCGGGUCUCAUAGACGACAGAGGGGAGGGCCCACCCAAGACGCAUCCAUUCACCAGCAAAUGAGCGAGACCCUCGAUGCUAUCAGACGCAGUUCCGAUGCUAGAGAGAAGGCAGCAUUGGAAUCGAUCGAGUAUACAAGGUUGAAGAAGCGCAGUAAAGGCGACACUAGCAUGGAGUCAUCUGGGGCGUUUGAUCUCCAAAUGCAUUGUAUGAAAUUGCUUGAAGAAGUUGAACCUCCCCUACCGCCCGAGCAAUUUAACAAGGCAUUCGACCGAUUGUUGAGCACAAAAGUCCAGAGAUCGUUUGUGUCAAUCUCUGAUACUUGCAGAAGUCAGUGGGCUUGGAGUUUGAACUGA